AUGUAUCGAAAAGUUCUUGGAGUGCUAGUUUUGGUACUGGCUGCUCAUGCGGUUGAUCCUUCAGGACCACCUGGACCACCAUCAUCUGGAGAACCUCCGGGACCAUUCAAGCCAUCCGGACAGCCGCCUUCUGAUGCUCCACCAGGUCCACCGGGACCAUCCGGACCACCACCAUCAGGAGAGCCUCCAGGACCACCAGGCCCACCGAGACCAUCUGGACCACCACCAUCAGGAGAACCACCAGGACCUUUCGAUCCAUCCGGAUCCCCACCAGGCCCACCAGGACCACCACCAAAACCAUCUGGACCACCACAUCCACCAAAUCCCCACCCAUCUAGAGGACCACGUCCAACUCGACUUCCACGUCCUUCAAGACCACCACGACCAUCCGAAGAACCAUCUGAUGCUCCAGCUCCAUCUGAUUCCGCUGUUGAAUUGGUCUUCGGAAAACCAAAGCCUUCUGGGCCACCAGGACCACCACCAUCUGGAGAGCCACCGGGUCCACCACCAUCUGAUGCUCCAUCCUUCUUCCAAUGGAUCUUCGGAAAGCCGAAACCAUCCGGACCACCAGGACCACCACCAAGUGGAGAGCCUCCAGGUCCACCAAGGCCAUCUGGACCACCUGGACCACCACCAUCCGGAGCCCCACCAGGACCUUUCGACCCAUCUGGAGCUCCACCAUCCGGUCCACCACCAAGACCACCACGUCCAUCUGGAAGACCACCAAGACCAUCGGGACCCCCACCAUCUGAUGGACCAGAAGGAUCGGGCUCUCCACCGCCAUUCUAA